GUUGCACCUGUGUCUCCCCUUCAGGUGUUUUCUGAUGGCGAGCUGUGCGUCCUGUUCCAGGCCCGGAGACUGUCUCUGCGCCUGGAGAAGCAGAAGCAGCUGGACCUGACGGAGCGAGCCUUCUCUCCUCAGAAAUCUGUGGACACCAGCCAGUCUGUCUGCCACCGGGACAAGGCAACGUUGCUCAUGAGGUUUGGAGACGUGGAGGAUUUGAGAGGCCUUUCAAUCAGACUGCAGCUGUCCAACACCUUCUACGAGUCGUCCGGUCAGUGGUGGUUCUCCGUGGACAGCGUCUCUCUGCUCUACAACACGUCUGAGGAAGCUGUGUUCAAUGCCAGCGAGGUGUACGCUCCGGCCUCCUCCUCCUACCACUGCCUCCAUGUCAGCAACCUGCAACGCCACAGCGCCCUGCUGCUGCCCAGCACCGACCACGCCCACCGCUGGACCAUCACCUUCACCGACUUCCAGAUUCAGGCCUUCAACGUCACCUCCGGUAAGUUUUCUCCCGCCAGCGACUGCGCCACCUUCCUGACGCCGGCCAUCCUGAUGGGCCUGGUCACCUCCCUCAUCCUGCUGCUGGUCCUGGCCUACGCCCUCCACAUGGUCAUCCACCUGAAGCACAUCGAGCACGACGACGAGCACAAGGCCGACGUCUACUACCCACAAACCCCUGAGCAGCCUGAACACUGCUAUGUGGAAGACAUGGCAGAGAAAAAUAUCCUGGAGUAUAACCAGGAAGAUAAAUAG